AUGCCUUCAUUUCGAGACUCGCCGAACGGUGCCCCUCCAGCCGCAAGCACGAACCCCGUACUGGAGCGAGAACAGUCGCAAUGGCUCUUCACGCCCCAAGAACUUCUCAGGAGUCCAUCAAUACUCGACGGCAUGACGCCAGAACAAGAGCUGAUCAACCGACAGAAGGGUGUUAAUUUCAUCACUCAGGUUGGCAUCAUGCUCAAGUUGCCGCAACUUACACUGGCGACAGCCUCAGUUUAUCUACAUCGACUCUUCAUGAGACAGAAGAUGCCCACGGAAAGGUCUGCAGGACUCCAUCACUAUUCUGCCGCCGCGACAGCGUUGUUCCUGGCUACGAAGGUGGAGGAGAAUUGUCGAAAGAUGAAGGAACUGGUGGUGGCUUGUUGUCGGGUGGCACAGAAACAGCCAAAUCUCGUUGUGGAUGAGCAGAAUAAAGAGUACUGGAAAUGGCGAGACACUGUCCUGCACAAUGAGGAUGUGCUGUUAGAAGCACUCUGCUUCGACCUGGACCUGGUGCAACCAUACCGGAUACUCUUCGAGUUCCUGCAGUACUAUGGCGUUCAGGAUCAUAAGAAUCUUAGGAAUACAUCUUGGGCAUUUCUGAACGAUUCGCAUGUCACGACCAUGUGUCUUCUACAUACCCCGCGCGCGAUUGCAGGCGCAGCACUCUACACUGGCAUCCGCCUAGCGAACCUCACUUUGCCAGACGACGAACAGGGCCGAUCAUGGUGGGAGCACUUGGAACUCGACGUUGUGGAAAUUCAAGCGGCCUGCAACCUCAUGUUCGAUGUCUACGAAAAUCCGACCUUGCCUCGAGUGGGCGCGAAGGAUGCCUACAUCAAGGAGGAUGAUAUGUCUUUCCUGGAGCGAACGCGUGGCAUGUUGUCCCCACGUACAGACAUGUCUCCUCCGCAAAGUGUGCGAAGUGUCAGUCAGUUGUCCGGCACGAAGCGGGACCGCGAAGAGGCAGAAGGUCAGCAAGAAGAGGAGUGGGGAGCACCGUCAGCUGCUGCAACGGCUGGUCAGACGAAUCGCUCUCCCAAAAGGCAACGUGUUGACACACCUGAGGUCGACAGACCAGCCUCGAGGGUGCCGCCAGGGUCCCGCAUACCUCCUGCAGCGAAUGGCGGAGGAAGUCGUGUGCCAUCACGAGUGCCGCCCUCAGCACGAGUCCCCCCGCCGCCGCCCCCGUCUAGCAGUGAAGGCGUCGACGAUGUUCAACAAAAGAUAGAUGAUAUCGUUAAUGCAAGCUCACGCCAAAAUAGUGAGAACAACGUCCCAACGUUGUCACAGCUGAAUCGGAACCGACCACCAGCUGUUUCGGAUCGUCGGUCGUCAAGGGAUGACAAUAGUGGCGGCGGAGAGUCACGGCGGCUGUCGGCGAACGGCGACAGUACAGACAACGGCCGACCGAAGAGUCAACAAAGCAAUGUCAACGCUCCCCGGACGAUACCAAUUGGUGAUGGUAGACGUCCCAACGGAGCUCCCACGACAGGCAGCCCUGAAGCGACUGCCCACGCGGACGAGAAGGCUACUGACUCUGGUAGUGAGGAGGGGGAGGUAUAG